CUGUGGAGUUAGUCGGUGCGAGAGCGGGAAGCCGAAUUGGUGUGUUUUUGUAAGAGAUAAAAUAAAUGUUAAUUAGUGUUAAAAAGGCCUCUCUAUUUCUUCUCCCGUAUUUCCGGUAGAGAUUAGGACCUAAGUAACCACAUAUUUACUUCGCCAUUUUCUAUAACGGAAAUUUAACUCUACUUGAUUCUACAGUGCAGCUUGACAGCUACCGAACAUUGAAUAACGUUGAGAAAAAAGUUUGAGUGCGCUAGUAGUAACGUCCAUUGUUUUGCACCUACCAGCUGUUCUCUGCCUCGUCUGCUAUUCUCCAAAUCGAAAUGGUCUAGAGAGGCUUUCAAUUAUUGUGAAUUGGUAAAAAAAAUAUACGAUGAAAAAUGUCCUGUUUAAUAAAAGGGAUUGCACAUCUAGUUGAUCCACAAGACGUCAAGGAAAAGUUACUCGCAGGUGAAGAUGUCAAACUUGAUCAUGUUCCCAAGGAUGAAUUGCCAUUGCAAGACACACUCAUAUCUUUGUCAUCCACCGGUGACAUUAUGGCAAUGGCGAUCAAUACAAAUAUUGUCGUUUUAGCCUCCAAAUGGGAUUCGCAGGAAACUGGAGAAGUAAAAAAUAAAUUUUAUACAAUUUGGAAUGAAAGUUUGGGCAUUAAGGAAAACGAAUGGAUUACGAGUCUCGCUUGUCUUCCACUCAUAUCCCUGGCGAAAGCUGGUGCAGUCAACUCUCCUGACUGGACUUGCAUUGUCGUUGGUUUCAACACUGGUUUUCUUAGAUUCUAUACAGAAACAGGUGCUCUCUUGAUAGAGGAACAACUCGAAAACGAGCCAAUUCUGGGAAUAAAAUGUCAAUCUCAUUCGCCUCCUCGUCACGUGGGUCAACCAGGAAUCAGUGAAGAAAUUCACAUUCUUUACAAGAGUGUUGUAUGCGUGCUGCCUGGAUUCGCUCUAUUUUCGACUCUCAGAGCAUGCAGAAAUCAUUUGGCAAGAGUUCAGGCAAAUUGCAACGACAAGCGUCCAGCAUCGAACCUUGCUUAUAAAAAAUGGGGUUUCAAAGAUCAAGACAUAGUAAACGACUGUCAAGUAAUUGGUACGACAGCCGUGAACACAUUCGAUCAUCUGAUGACUGCUUCGAUUUGUGGAGGAUACAAUGCUUCUUAUCGCUCGAGUCCUCCACAGCAUAAUCUGAUAAUGGCUGUGGGAAAACGACCGUUCAUAGGUUUUCAUUACGCUCUCGAAGGUGGCGCGGCACCGGUUUUGUCGGAUGUUGCUCUCGCAAUGGCCAAUACCCUUGCAAAUGCCAUUGGGAAAAUUGGAACUGCCGUUCCUUGGUUUCGUUCAUCAUCCAAACAGUCUUCGAUAAGUGAGAAAUCUAAAGGACCGGAGAAAGAACCGGCAGAAUCCAUGACUUGUCGUUUCGGAUUGAGCGAUGUAAUGCGAGAAGGAGACUGUCUGGUAAUUAGUCCGAACAAAGCUCUUUCUGUCGUGAACGACGCAAUGGGACGAGUCAUCCUGGUAGACAACAAACGUGGUAUAGCUUUGAGAAUGUGGAAAGGUUAUCGAGACGCUCAGUGCGGUUGGAUCGAAGUUUCUGAGGAUCAUCAUCGCACAGCCAGCGGUCACAAAGUGCAUGCCAAAAAUCAUUUAAGAACUGCACUAUUUCUUGCUAUUUACGCUCCUAAAAAAGGCAUCAUUGAUAUUUGGUCCAUUCAACAAGGUGCAAAAAUCACCACGUUUUCAGCGAGCAAAAAUGGCCGGCUCUUGUACACGAAUUACGGUUUGUUGGGCUUAAACGACGUUGCUCUAUCGUCAGAAAAUCGCGCCCAGUACGGUUGUGUCUUCAUCGACCCAAUCGGUGGAUUGAAAGAAAUUCUCGUGCCGUUUCACUUCGCACUGAGCAGCAAAAAUGGCAAGAGAGCUCGCGAUAUACAUCUGCUGAAAAAAUUGAAAACAUUCAUCAGAGAAGAAGAUUUCGAUGACGAAAAACUGAUCGAUCAAGUCACUGAAGUUUGCACGGAGAUAAAAACGAAUGAAAUAAGAUUACAAAUCUUAGAGAUGCUCAUGCACAGCAAACACGUUAUUCCAGAAGCUUUACAAGUCGCUGCUACUUACUUCCUUGGUGCAUUGUCAAAAUACGAUGAAGCGGAGUUUGAGCCAGUCGUAAAAACUCUCCACCAAAUGGCAACGCAUUUGGACCGUGCAAUAACGUUCUACAAAUACACGAGAUCUCAAUUCGAUCGUCCACCAGAGUACAAUACAGUGGCUUCCGAGAUAAUACCAGACGCGAAGCAUUUGUCACGUUUAUUGUCAACAUCGGAGUCGGAGAUUGAACGAGUGUUGAAACUGUCCAAAACUUUGAGCGAGUUUGAGAGUACGAAGCCCAAAACGAAUCGCGUGACUUUCAAAGACGAUGGAAGCAUGUUUUUGGAAUUUCUCUCUUGCUUCGAUUUUGGUAUCCAAAAUUCUCUGAGUCUUCAAAAACUUGUUAACGAUGAGAAAAAAUAUCAAAUUUCGUCGUUGAUAUAUCAGGGCUGGAUGUACUCGAGCGACUCGACGAUUCAGUGGAAAAAAGCUGCGGAAGCAAGCAAAAUUCGUUCGCGAACGAUGAUGCAUUUGGCGCUCACGUAUUGGCUUAACAAGAGACCCGGGGCGCCUUUAGAAAUCGAAAUCAAACGGUUCACUCACCUUUUACACGCAAUAUGCGAAUUGGCCAACGGCGAAGAACAAAUUUGUGUCGAGUACAACGAAAUUUCUUCCUGGUGGAGCGAUGUACGUUUCACUCUCGCAGAGUCAAACAAACCUUUUCAAGCACUGACCGCCGCUCUUGCUUGUCGAGCUGUGGCAACAAAUUUCCAAAGAUCCAAAGAUUCCAUGGGCAAAAAAGUCACUGAUGACAAUGGUAACGAACGUGAUGAAGAUCUCGUUAACAAUGCAAAUGUUAGUGACAAAACACCCAAUCCUCCAGUUCCCGAAGGCAAUUCUUCGCCGGAGGAUGAAAUGUUCAGCUCAGCGAGUGAGUGGGAAAACAUGAGCAGAGACGCUUGUCAAUUCACAGAACUUAUCGCGAGUCUCGAAGACAUCACUAUUUUAAACGCUGUUCUAAGUCAGCCUCCACUGUCAGAUGAAACCACACAAUUUUAUGCUCUGCCAUUCGAAAAAAUGGAUAUAUCUCUGGCUGCGAUUCUCGGCAAAGGCAGAGGUUCCGUUUCCGAGACCGUUGCAAAAUGGCUUUCUGCAGCUGCGGUCGAUCCAGCUAGAUUAAUUGACACAAGAGACGUGGAAUUCGAUCAAAUGCAAAAUUCUGUCGAUUCCUUACAAGCAACGGGAACUCUCGACGAAGCAGCUGCCGUCGAUAUUCCAAAAGAUGAAGAGCUCAAUUUACUGAAAGUCUCGGUAGAAAUCGGAAGCGAAGCAAAUACUGACACAACUGCUCAGACUCAUAUUUUAGAGAGAAUUUCGAUGCUCAAACGUCAUUUCCCGUACAGUUUAACAAGCAGUGUCUUACUCGCUAAUUUGUGCUGGGAAUUUGUAAUGGCGUGGAGUCGCGAUGUUACAAAUUUGGAAGCCCUAGAAGCAGCUCUUGCGGUUUUACGACAAAUACCGAUGAAGCCGAUGCGUCAGGGGGUCUGCUGUCUGUUGUGGACACUGCACGUGAAACGGAGAAUGCAAGCUGCUGCGAAGCUGAUGAACAAAUUGGGAAAAUUGCCAAAAGAAAGACUUUGUAUGCAGGACACUGGAUUGUCGGAUAUUCAGCUCACAGUGAUGUUACAACAUUGCGUCACAUUUUUGGACAUUUUUCUCGAUGCAGAAAUAAUGGAAGAAGAAAGGAAUUGCACGGUGAAGUUCGAGGAAAUUUGGGAAAGUCACGAUGUCGGGCCCCAGGCAUUUGCGACACUGGCGAUUUCCCAAACGCCAGCGUGGUACGAACUAAUUUUACUGCAUCUGCAACUCGCUAACGUUCUUCACAUGAUGGCACAUUUCAACAUAAAGCUAAUGAAGCCGAUGAACAAUCUUUUUGAAACCGUGACAUCUCGACACUUUUUUCAAGAUAUCACGGACAAGGUUAUACUCACGUGGUAUCACGACGAUAGACGCGACAACAUGAGAAUCGAAUUCCUCUGUAGGGUCAUCACAGCUUCGAUGGAAUCGAUACAUCAAGAAACGAACGAAGGAAACGCAUUGAGCUCUAGAGAAGCGAUUCAUUGGAUGAGCAAGUGUCAAACACUCGCCUCAAUAUGGAAAAUAAACAACGACAAACUGAGAAUGCAUCAAGUCUGUCAAUUAUACAUCAACGGCUUCGAUCGAUUAGCCGAGGAGGUCGUCACUGCCGUAAACGAUACAGAAUCCUUAGGUGCUGAUUUACUACCGAUUGCUGGACGGAGAAUGAUGGACUAUCUCUCCAAAACACCGAAUCUCCUUGAGGAAGUCUCCAGGAUUAGCCCGAACCUAACGCAAUAUCUGGAAAGCUUAAACCUGACGGGAAUGGUGAUGACCGGAUCGUCGAAUGAGGACACGGUCCAACUGAUAAACAGGAUAUCGCGAUAUUUACCGGAGACGCACAGUCAUUACCACUUCGCUCAACAGAUGCUCGAUGCAACGUUCAUUUACGCCGGAAAGACGUGAUGAAUAAUAGAAACACACAAAUUAUAAAAACAAAAAAAACACGGAUUUGCUCUCAAUUCUGUGAUAAGCGUGAACGAUGUCAUCCUUGGCGAUACAACGAGAGAAUUCCAUGUCGUGAGAGUACUCUAAGCGAUAGGUAUUCUCUCUGUAGAGUUUAAUCAAAAGAAAAUUAGAAGCAGUUCGUUUGAAGAGGUGAGGAAAGAUAUUGUGAAGUAAAAAAGUAUUUGCACAGUCUCCGUUAUCGGCAAGACUCUUCGAAACGGAAGAUUUUUUUGAUUAUCUUUUUCAAUUAAUUUUUGGUUAUUCCGAAGAUCAUCAUUUGAACAAAGUCCAUGGAAUUUGGGCUCAAUUUUCUAUGUUCAUGUUUUCUAUGAUGCGCCCCGAAGAGUCACAACCUUGGCUGCCCCUCGGUCGGUUUGUGGCAAAGAAGUAUGCUUCAAACAUUCUUCAACAUACUGCCAUUGUAGAAAUAUACAAAAUGUCAAAUGAAAUUGAUUUUAAAAACUAUUAAUACCCUCGAUUUUGAAAAAUAAGAAUGUUUCUCAAUAAAGAUAGUUUUGUCGAUUUGAUGUUUUGAAAAACUGCUUUCGAAGGUUUCGAACCGAAAAUAUGCCUGUCAAAGAUAAUAUUUUUUAUUUCUAACACAAACAAUAUCUUCGUCACAAGAAAUGCUGAAAAAACUGAAAAUUUUCAGUUGGUAUCGAUGCGUCGAGGGUUGGUAAAUUUUGUUGGUCUCAAUCCGUCAGUAAACUGUCACAUUAAAAGUCCAGAUUUAAGGAUAAACUUAUAACCGUAGGCUCUCGAGAGACACAAAUUCUCAAAAGCAAUUGUUAAUUUUUGGAGAUCAUUUUAAGACGGGCGAGAAAAUGUGCAAAUACUUCGUUAUCCGAUCAAUCAGAAAUCGGCAUUGGGAUCUACGAAUCAUCCUGUAUAGUCAAUAUUUAAAAAAAUAGCAAUUUUGUUGUUAUUUCAUUCACUACUCGUCGUUAUAUUUACCUUUAUGUACAUAUCUAUUCAUACAUAUGUAAUUACAUACAUAAAAUAUCGUUAAUUGACCAAUCAGUCGUAUACGCGUUUAAUCGUUGCGGAGCUACGACAUUUUUUUCGUGAAUUUAUUCAAAUUUUCAAUAAUAGUUGUUCAAUAACACGUAUAUAUAUAUUAAAUACAUGAAUAUAUAUAGAAAA